AUGGCGCUGGAUGGACCCAGCAACUAUGUGGCUCCGAAUGGCCUGACGGAGGCUUCGGAGUCUCUGCCUAUCUUCGAUGUGCAGCGGGUACAGCUGCAAUUCGACAUCGCAGCGGAUUUCGUUGCUGCCCAGGUCGCGAACAACGUGCUCAUUCUGGCACUCUCAACAGGGAGAAUCCUUAGAAUUGACCUCGACUCUCCAGAAGAUAUUGAUGACAUUGAUCUGCCUAAGAAGUCGUCCGAGACCGGUUUGAUUCAGCGCAUGUUUCUGGAUCCGUCGGCAUCACACCUCAUUAUAACAACGACGCUCGGGGAGAAUUACUACCUUCACACGCAAUCGCGCCAGCCAAAGGCGCUAUCUCGUCUCAAGGGUGUUUCUAUUGAAAGCGUGGCAUGGAACCCGUCUCUCCCUACAGCUUCCACCCGUGAGAUUCUCCUAGGCGCAACAGAUGGAAGUGUCUACGAGACAUACAUUGAACCGUCAACCGAGUUCUAUCGGCGCGAGGAGAAAUAUGUCACUGUGGUGUACAGGGUGCUGGAUGGCUCUCCCGUGACGGGCAUCAGCGCUGAGCUGGUCCCGUCGAACCCAGAGUCGAGACAAGUAAUGCUGGCGACAUGUGGGAGGCUGAUUUACUUCUUGGGCCGGGUGGUUGCUGCAACAAGGCACGGUCGAGAUGCGGGUGGAUCCAUAUACGCUGAUCUCUUCCAACGCGAGACCGCCCUAAUUCACGAGAGCGCAAACUCCUCAAGCUCUGCGCCGUCUUCGCUGAUGGUCAACUCAUCGUCGAUUGCGGGCAGCCACCAGACCGACAGCCAAGCAGAGAAAGAAUUCGCAUGGUUGAACGCGGAGGGAAUUUACCAUGGUCCGCUCUCUGCAGGUAACCCGUUUGACAAUGCGAAAAUGCUUCCUCGGUCAAAAUAUCCCGCGACUCUUUCCGCUCGAGGAGUGAGGAAGAUGAUACAAGACCCCAUUACUGCAAUGACACUCACUCGUUGGCAUGUCCUGGCUCUUGUCGAGGGGCGCGUGGUCGCGGCUAGUCGUUUGAAUGAGGAAAUCGUGUAUGAUCAGGCCGUGCUGGAACCUCGGCAAAGCUCGCUGGGGCUUUUGGCCGAUCUUACUCAGAAUACCUACUGGCUUUUCACAAGCAAGGCGAUUUAUGAAGUCGUAGCCAACGACGAGGACAGGGAUGUUUGGAAGGUCCUUCUCAAGGGGAAUAAAUUCGAUGAGGCACUCCAGUAUGCUCAUGGCUCUGCCCAGCGUGACGCUGUCCUCAAGGCAUCUGGUGACUACUUGGCGGAAAAGGGCAAUUACCUCGAAGCUGCCAAGGUCUGGGGUAAGAGCAGCAAAGGGUUCGAAGAAGCUUGUCUCGCAAUGGUGGACAACAAGGAAUAUGAUGCGCUUCGGAAGUACCUGCUAUCGCAACUCUCGACAUACAAAAAAGCGUCUGUUAUGCAGCGGCUUAUGGUUGCAAGUUGGCUUGUGGAGCUAUUCAUGUCCAAGUUGAAUGAUCUGGAUGACAGUAUUGCCACCAAAGCGGAAUUGACCGAGGGAGCGACUGAGGGCCAAGUCCAAAAUCAGCUGGAUGAAACGCAGGCUGAAUUUCAAGACUUUGUAACGCGACACAAGUCUGAUCUCGAUAAAAAGACCGUCUACGAUAUUAUCAGCAGUCAUGGCCGUGAACAGGAGCUUCUUUUCUUUGCGACCACUAUCAAUGACCACAAUUAUGUCCUAUCUUAUUGGAUUCAACGAGAAAAGUGGACGGAAGCCUUGAAUGUUCUCCAACGCCAAAGCGAGCCCGACGUGUUCUACAAGUAUAGCAGCGUGCUGAUGACGCACGCUGCAACCGGACUGGUGGAAAUCUUGAUGCGGCAGACGAAUCUUGAUCCUGAACGCCUCAUUCCCGCCAUGUUGAACUAUAACAAGACAGCCAACGUCUCCCUCAGUCAAAAUCAGGCGGUGCGAUAUCUGAACUUUAUCAUAGUCAAUCAUCCCAACCCCUCGGCUGCGGUUCACAACACUUUGAUCUCGAUUCAUGCUUCCAGCUCAUCAACGUCCGAGUCCGGGUUGCUCAACUAUCUGCAGUCACAGUCGUCCUCACCUCCUCGGUACGAUGCAGAUUUCGCGCUCCGGCUUUGCAUCCAACACAAGCGCGUGCAGUCCUGUGUCCAUAUAUACAGCGCCAUGGGCCAGUACCUGCAGGCAGUUGAACUGGCUUUGGAAAGCAACGAUAUUGAGUUGGCGGCGAUUGUGGCCGACCGACCUGAGGGUAAUGACAAGCUUCGAAAAAAGUUGUGGCUACUUGUAGCCGAGAAAAAGAUCCAACAACCUGGCACGGGCAUCAAGGACGCAAUUGAGUUUCUUCGGCGCUGCGAACUUUUGCAUAUCGAGGAUCUGAUUCCAUUCUUCCCGGAUUUUGUCGUGAUUGACGAUUUCAAGGAUGAGAUUUGCACUGCACUCGAGAUAUACUCGCGUCACAUCGACGAGCUGCGACAGGAGAUGGACAACUCGGCUCAGACUGCGCAUCAGAUCCGCUCGGAAAUCGCCCACUUGGACACACGAUAUGCGGUUGUGGAACCUGGUGAGAAAUGCUGGAUUUGCUCGCUACCUCUCCUAAGCCGUCAGUUCUUCGUCUUCCCUUGUCAGCAUGCUUUCCACAGUGACUGUCUUGGCAAAGAGGUCUUGGAGGGAGCAGGGGGUAAGAAGAAAUAUAUUCGAGACUUGCAGGCGCAGAUGAGCACGGGGGAUCUUGCACCGACGCGAAGGGAGGAAAUUGUCAAAGAGUUGGAUGGACUGAUCGCGGAGGCCUGCAUACUCUGUGGAGAUCACGCCAUCAAACAGAUCGAUAAGCCUUUCAUCAGCUCCUCGGAUGCCGUCGAUGAGUGGGCUCUCUAA